AUGAUCCGAUUCUUAAGACCAAACUCCCAUUUUUUUCGAUCAGUUUACAAAUACUCAACCAUGUCAUACCCUGAGGUGGAUCCAGCGAGACAGGCGAAGCUUGUUGAAAAUUAUGAGCGUGUGUUGAGCAAAGUAAAGAAUGCUGAAACAUCCAAACCAGUCAGGCUAGUGGCAGUGUCUAAAUUGAAGCCAUCUUCUGAUAUCAUGGCAUUGUAUAACCACGGUGUUCGUCAUUUUGGUGAGAAUUAUGUCCAAGAACUUACCGCAAAGGCCAAGGAACUUCCUAAGGAUAUCCAGUGGCAUUUUAUUGGCUCAUUACAAACAGGCAAAUGCAAAGACUUGGCAAAAGAUAUCGACAAUCUCUAUGCCGUGGAGACAAUAGAUGCAUUGAAGAAGUGCAAGAAGUUAGAAAAUGCAAGAAGAGCUGUUGAUUUUGCCCCUAUCAAUGUUUAUCUCCAAAUCAACACUUCAUCUGAAGACCAGAAAGCUGGUUACCGUUUAGAGAACAUGGAGGAGAUUUAUGAGACAGUUGACUUUCUCACAAACAAAACUGAAUGUAAAAAAUUGAAGUUUGAGGGACUCAUGACCAUUGGCUCUUUUGCUGAAUCUACGUCUGAAAGCGGUUUGAAUCAAGAUUUCGCAAAGUUGGCUGAACUCAAGAAGACCUUAGAUGAGAAAUUUUCUUUGGAUUUACAAUUGAGUAUGGGAAUGAGUAACGAUUUCACUACAGCUAUAUCUCAAGGAUCUUCGAGCGUGAGGGUCGGAACUUCAAUAUUCGAGGCAAGACCUCCUAACAACGGCCAUUGA